UUCCCGUUCCGGGGCCGCAGCCCGGCUCGUUCCGCCGCCGAAAAGGCGCCCGCUGCCACGGUGCCGCAGCUGCCGCGCCCCCUCCCUUCGGCCGGUCCCCGCUUUGCGGGGUUGCCCGCUGGGCCUGCUCCCGCCAUGGCGACCAAGAAAGGGGGCUCGCGGCUGGAGACGGAGAUCGAGAGGUGCCGGUCCGAGUGCCAGUGGGAAAGGAUCCCAGAACUCGUCAAGCAGCUUUCCGCCAAGCUCAUAGCUAACGAUGAUAUGGCAGAACUCCUCCUCGGAGAAUCCAAGCUAGAACUUUUUUUGAAAGCGAACCCUCUAAAACAAGGGGCAAGUCCCUGUGGUCCCCGACCAAAAUUAGUUGAAGUCAGGAAGCAUCUCACCGCAGCACUUGAUCGUGGAAAUUUAAAGCCAGAGUUCUUACAAGAAGCCCAUUUAGUUAUGGCCAAAUUAAAUUAUAUGGAAGGUGAUUACAAAGAAGCUCUUAAUACAUACGCUAAAGUGGGAAUUGACGACUUGCAGCUUGCUGCUGUACCUCCUUAUCGCUUAAGAAUGAUUGCUGAAGCAUAUUCAACCAAAGGUCUUUGUCUAGAAAAAUUACCAAUAUCCUCUUCAACAAGCAACCUCAAUGCAGACCGUGAACAGGAAAUUAUAAUGUGCUAUGAGAAGGCUGGGGAUAUAGCCCUUCUGUAUCUCCAGGAAAUAGAAAGGGUAAUAAUUGCCAAUAUGCAGAACAGAAGUCCUAAGCCUGGAUCUGGAACACAUGAACAAGAACUUGGAUAUUUUUUAGAAACUGGACUUCAGAGGGCCCAUGUCUUAUACUUCAAAAAUGGGAAUUUGACAAGAGGAGUUGGUAGAUUUAGAGAGAUCUUAAGAGCUGUUGAAACAAGAACUACACAGAAUCUACGCAUGACAAUAGCAAGGCAGUUAGCUGAAAUUUUACUCCGUGGCAUGUGUGAACAGAGCUACUGGCACCCUCUGGAUGACCCUCCUCAACAGUCACCUUUAAACGAUCCACUCUGGAAAAUUGCAAACACUAAAAAUUAUGCUCUUAGCAGAAGACCUCGUGUGUAUUCAGGAGAAAACAUUUUUUGUCCUCAAGAGAAUACUGAAGAAGCUUUGUUGCUGCUACUAAUCAGUGAAUCCAUGGCUAAUCGUGAUGCUGUAUUGAGCAGAAUACCCGAACACAAAAAUGACCGUAUUAUCAGUUUGCAAAGUGCAUCUGUAGUGUAUGAUUUGCUUACCAUUGCCUUGGGAAGAAGAGGUCAAUAUGAAAUGCUCUCAGAGUGUUUGGAACGGGCUAUGAAAUUUGCCUUUGAAGAAUUCCAUCUUUGGUACCAAUUUGCACUUUCAUUAAUGGCAGCAGGAAAAUCUGCUCGAGCUGUGAAAGUCUUAAAAGAAUGUAUUCGGUUGAAGCCAGAUGAUCCUACGAUUCCACUUCUUGCUGCUAAAUUAUGUAUGGGAACCCUUCAUUGGUUAGAAGAGGCAGAAAGAUUUGCCAGAAUGGUGGUUGAUGUGGGGGACAAAACAUCAGAAUUCAAAGCCAAAGGUUUUUUAGCCCUAGGAUUGACCUACAGCCUACAAGCUACAGAUGCUUCCUUGAGAGGAAUGCAAGAGGUCCUGCAGCGAAAGGCUCUUCUAGCAUUUCAAAGGGCACAUACUUUGUCUCCAACUGAUCAUCUGGCAGCCUUUUAUUUAGCUUUACAGUUUGCUAUUUCUCGACAGAUACCAGAAGCUUUGGGUUACGUUCGUCAGGCUCUGCAGCUUCAAGGUGAUGAUGCUAAUUCUUUACAUCUCCUUGCCCUCUUGCUGUCCGCUCAGAAACACUACCAUGAUGCUCUGAAUAUCAUUGACAUGGCCUUGAGUGAAUACCCAGAAAAUUUUAUAUUAUUGUUUUCCAAAGUCAAAUUGGAAUCACUCUGCAGGGGCCCUGAUGAGGCACUUCUUACUUGUAAACAUAUGUUGCAGAUCUGGAAAUCUUGUUACAAUCUUACUAAUCCCAGUGAUUCUGGACGUGGCAGCAGUUUAUUGGACAGAGCCAUUGCUGACAGGCGACAGCUCAAUACAAUUACUCUCCCAGAUUUCAGUGAUCCUGAAACAGGUUCGAUCCAUGCGACAUCAAUAGCAGCCUCUAGAGUGGAGCAGGCACUAUCAGAGGUGGCUUCGUCUUUGCAGAGUAGUACUCCAAAGCAGGGUCCUCUGCAUCCUUGGAUGACUUUGGCUCAGAUCUGGCUUCAUGCAGCUGAAGUAUACAUAGGAAUUAGAAAACCUGCAGAAGCCACUGCUUGUACUCAGGAAGCUGCUAACCUCUUUCCUAUGUCUCACAAUGUUCUCUACAUGAGAGGUCAGGUGGCAGAAAUUCGGGGAAAUACGGAUGAAGCCAAGCGCUGGUAUGAAGAGGCCUUAUCUAUUAGCCCUACGCAUGUCAAAAGUAUGCAAAGAUUGGCUCUAAUUCUUCAUCAGCUUGGCCGGUACAGCUUGGCCGAGAAGAUCCUUCGGGAUGCUGUCCAGGUGAACUCAACGGCCCAUGAAGUUUGGAAUGGCCUUGGGGUGGUUCUGCAAGCUCAGGGUAAUGAUGAUGCAGCCACAGAAUGUUUCCUGACGGCACUGGAGCUUGAAGCCAGUAGCCCUGUUGUCCCUUUCACCAUCAUCCCUCGAAUCCUUUGAAAGGCAGGCUGCUCAUCCUGCUUCAGCUGAACUUGAGAAUGUGAGCUAAUCUUUCCUUCUGACUCCAAGGGGCAGCUCUUCACCCUGAGAGGUAACAAAUACAACUGCAGGCAAUCUGCUCAUUUCUGUCGGGUGUCCAACGUGGGAAAGCAAUAUAGGAUGUAAAUCAGUGAAGAAAAAUUAGAAAAGAGAAGGAAAUAAACACACAUGCACACUUUAAGCCACCAUGUAUGUAUUGUCUACAUUUUUGCCACAUAGUCAUUUCGAAACCUGAUGCUUAUUGUUCAAAUGGAUAUUGUGCCAUAUUUUGUUAGGUGACAUCAGAGUGUUAUGUAAAAACUCUAAAUAGAAUCAGUGAUAGAUAAUAGAUUCAGGUUAAAAAUUCAGUGGCAGAGCAAAGCCUAUUUUUAACCAAGCCUGUCAAAGACCUGUUCUCUUUGUGGCUUUCAACCUCUCUGGAGCUCAGAAUCAAAAUGUGAAAUUUGCUGUGUUCCAUCUUGUAUGGUAGUCCAGCCCAGCAAAUCAGCUGAAAGGUUAUGUUUUGAGUUGUUAAUAGCUGUGAUGUGUAGCUAAUUGUUAUUUCUUGUAUUUAGAAGAAAGGUUGU